AUGCCUGAGACUUUGCACAAAAGCGAGGUUGACGCGAAGCAAGACCCUUCCGUCGCGAAGCAAUAUGACAGCGAAACACCCAAAGAGCAGCAGAUCAAGCAAUUCUUCGAGAUGGUCGACGGAAAGAAGAUUGGCAUGUUGAGCACAUACCGAAAUGGGGUUGGACCUGUCGGGCGUUCAAUGGCUGUGGCAAAGCGCACCGGUCCCGACUUCCUCUUCCUCGCGAACAAGCACUCCCAAAAGUUCACCGACCUCGACCAGAACAAGGAGGUCCAGAUCACCUUCCAAGACUCCAAGACACAAGACUGGAUCAGCGUAUCUGGCACCGCGACCGUCACCUCAAACAGUGACCCGCGUAUCAAGGAUGUUUGGAGUCAGCCUACUCGCGCGUGGUUCGGUGAUUUGGGUGAUGGAACACACACAGGCGGUCCUGAGGACCCCCGCAUGACCUUGAUCGAAGUCAAGAGUAAAUACAUCACGUACUAUCUCACUGAGGUCGGCUUGUUAGGUUACGCGAAGGAGAUCGUUGGUGCUGCUGUGACAGGCGGUAUUGCCAACACGGGCAAGCUGAGAGAGUUGCACGAGCAGGAUAUUGAGAAAGCGAGGUCAAUGCAGUGA